CAUCAUCUCAUGCUUGUCCUUUCAAAAAACAAAUGUUUGUUCAUAUUGUCGUCCCCAAAAGUCCCAACUUACAAACCCCUUUCCCCUAGCUCUCUGCACUACCAUUUUCAGGCGGGAAACCAAGAAAACCUUUCCAUUUUCAAAAUUAUUCCUCUAAUUUCUCUCUCCUCGGGGUUUCCCUCUUCGUUCCUUCAAUACCCAUUUCCAUGUCCAAAACCCCCAUCACCAGAACCCUAAGAAAUGGCACCAAUUCCUCAACAAAACCCUCUGAAAUCACCCCCACCAAGAGAAAACGAGCCGCCAAACCGAAGAUUUCUUCUAAAAAUAAAGGGGAAAGUGGGGGAAUUGAAGAUAUAGAGGAUUUGUUGAAGUUCAAUGAGGAGGAAAUUGCAGAAAUUAGGGGUUCUUUGUUGGAAUGGUAUGAUAAAAAUAAGAGGGAUUUGCCUUGGAGGAGAUUGAAAGACGAUGAUGAUGGAGGAGAGAGAAAGGCAUAUGGGGUUUGGGUUUCGGAAGUGAUGCUGCAACAAACUAGGGUUGCUACUGUCAUUGAUUAUUUUAAUCGUUGGAUGCUCAAAUGGCCCUCACUUUACCAUCUUUCUCUUGCUUCUCUUGAGGAGGUGAAUGAAAUGUGGGCAGGCUUGGGAUAUUAUCGAAGAGCAAGGUAUUUGUUAGAGGGGGCAAAAAAGGUUAUUGAAGAAGGAGGCAGUUUUCCCAGAACAGUCUCUUCUCUAAGGAAGGUCCCUGGCAUUGGAGAUUAUACAUCGGGUGCCAUUGCCUCUAUUGCAUUCAAUGAGGCUGUGCCUGUUGUAGAUGGCAAUGUGGUCCGGGUACUUGCUAGACUGAAGGCUAUAUAUGCUAAUCCAAAGGACUCGGUGACUGUAAAGAAAUUUUGGAGUUUAGCAGGCCAACUAGUGGAUCCGUACAGACCUGGAGAAUUCAACCAGGCACUUAUGGAGCUUGGUGCAACCCUAUGCACACCAACAAGCCCAAGCUGUUCUGAAUGUCCGGUUUCAGUUCAAUGUCAAGCAUUAACACUAUCUCGGCAGGGUGGUUUAGUUACCGAUUAUCCAUUGAAAGUUGUAAAGGCUAAACAGAGAAAUGAAUUUUCUGCUGUAUGUUUUUUAGAGAUAUCAGAAUCCCAGAAUUUGGUAGAAGAUACCCAGAAAACGAGACGCUACCUUCUUGUAAAGAGGCCUAAUGAAGGUUUGCUAGCUGGCCUUUGGGAGUUUCCAUCUGUACUACUGGGACAGGAAUCUGAAAUAACAAUUAGAAGGAAAGAAAUUGAUAAAUUCUUAAAAGCAUCAUUCAAUCUUGAUGCAAAGAAAACCUUCAAAGUGAUUUCGAGAGAGGAAGUUGGAGAGUACGUCCAUAUCUUCUCUCAUAUACGACUGAAGAUGUAUGUUGAAUACUUGAUCAUACAUCUAAAAGGUGGGUCAAAACUCUUGCAAAGUGCGCCUGAUGAAGGAAGUAUGAUCUGGAAAUGUGCUGACAGCAAAGAGCUUUCGAGCAUGGGUCUGACAUCUGGUGUCAAGAAGGUUUACACCAUGGUUCAGCAGUUCAAAGAAAACAGCUUGACUGCUGCCCCAACUCAAGAUACUAAACAAACAAAAUCGAAAAACAGCUUAACUGCUGCAACUCAAGAUACUAAACAAACAAGACAAAGAAAGAAAAGAUGAUUGAAAUGUAUGCCUUUGCAUUUCUCAUGGUUGCAUGACAACCAAAUGUAAAGAACUUUUGGUGAUCCAGCAAGCGUACUGAUGGCUUGGGUCUGAUUUUUUGUAAAUUUUGCAGCAAAAUCUGUUUAUUGAAAAUAGGUUUUCUAGAGGCAUUUUAUUGGUCUUCGCGAGAAGAUAUGUAUUUGAACAGAGAUGAAGUACUGAUUGAGCAUAUAUUUUGAACACAAUUUAGAAAA